AAAGUUUAGGGGUGACAGGCAAGGGCGGAGGUUUGAGUAGGAACCGCCUCUGAACGUACCGGCUAGAUAUCUGAGUAUUCGUGUGUGGAGGACGCACGGUUCAGUGAGAAAGGGAGAAUUUGUUGUAUUACUUUUAAAGAAUUUGUUGUUUGAAACGUAGUAGAGGUGGGUCUACCCGACUAUUCCAAUGACAUAGUUUUCAUUUGUUGAGGGGACUAUGUCAACCACAGCAUCAGGGGCUUGGCGUUUGGACAGGUGUGUUACCUGUGGCUGGCAGCUACAGAGAAGGGGUUGGCUUAGUCGUUUCACGUCUCCUUCCGGCACAGUGCGUUCUGACGAGGUGACCAUACACACACAGAUUGUGGAAAGUGGAGGUACAACAUUCCUGAUGAGCUUGUAGGCUGUCUAUUUGUCACCAUGGUUUUCCUGAAGAGUUUCUAGCCAGUGCACCGUUUAAGUAGACUGCUUGUUAAACCUCGUCGACAUUAAAUCCAUACUUUUGGAGGAAAACCAAGCACGCCACGUCUGGAUCUCUCAGAAUUGCCUGGUUGAUUGGGCACAGCGUUCUCCAGUGCGGGGGCACUGACGCAUUGUGGAGUCGACGGGUUGAACUGCCAAACCGGCUGCGCUACAGAGGGACGGCUCGAUGUGCGAAACCGCGAUGGCCGUGGCUCAGCUGGAUACGGACGACCACCAACCAGAGAAUGGCUUCGUAUCACCCGAAACAUCGUCUCCGGCUUUGCUAUCGCGCAUUGACGGCUGCGUCUUGCCAUAUCUCGGGGGAUUUGGAAAAUACCAAAAGCAACUCAUUGUCCUGACAUGGAUCCCUGCAUUGUUUAUAGGAUUCAGUCAAUUCUCUGACAGUUUCCUCCUCGCUCAACCGAACAACACAUGUGUUCUACCGACGAUAAACAGCUCCAAUCUGACAUUGAGUCCUUCCUCAUUAUUUAAUGGUCAAAACAACAGUGGCGUGAGAGCUCCGUAUGUAUCAAACGGCACGCGCCACAACAACACGGACGAUGCUCACUGUAAGUGCACACAGUGGAGGUACGAAAUGCAAAUGGGACUUCGGGAGAAUGUAGUCACAAAGUGGAACUUGGUGUGUGGUUCCAGGAGGAAGGUCCACAUUGCAAAGUUCUCCCUACUGGUGGGUUCCAUCUUUGGGUAUCUGGUGAUGGGUAUCCUCGCAGAUUGGUUUGGGAGACACCCGGUUCUGAUCAUCUCGGUCCUCUUCAUGCUGGUGUUUGGUCUUACCGUGGCCUUCUCCGUCAACGUGCCCAUGUUUAGCACCCUACGCUUCUUCGAGGGCUUCUGUCUGGCCGGGAUCUCCCUCUCCCUUUAUGUCCUGAGGAUCGAGCUUUGCCUACCGGGCUGGCGUUUCUCCAUGACGAUGGUGGCAAACUUUGUGGUGCUGGGAGGCCAGCUCCUGAUGCCAGGCUUGGCAGCACUGUGCCGUGAUUGGCAGGUCCUCCAGGCUGUCAUCAUCUGCCCCCUGUUCCUGAUGCUCUCCUACAUCUGGCUUUUCCCAGAAUCCCUGCGCUGGCUGCUGGCCACUCAGCAGUUCUGUCGCUCCAAAUGGCUCAUGGCUCGCAUCGCCAAAAAGAACAAAGCCAAUCUGGAGAGGGACGCAGACGAGCUCCUGACAGAGUUGCACCAGGCCUUGCAGAAGAAGCCCAAGAAGACCUGCAUUGUUAAAAUGGUGGGAACCCGCAACCUGUGGAAGAACAUCGUGGUGCUCUGUGUGAACUCGUUGACGGGCUAUGGCAUCCACCACUGCUUUGCGCGCAGCAUGAUGUACCAGGAGGCCCAGGAGACCACCAUGUUCCACAACUUCUACGCCGACUACUACGUGAUGGCGGGCAUCGCCGUGGCAUCCUGCAUCGCGCUGUGUCCAGCCGUGGGGCUGAUGGGCCGGCGCGGCGGACUGCUCAUGUUCAUGAUCAUCACGGCCCUCGCCUCACUGCUGCAGCUGGGCCUGCUCAACUUACUGGGAAAGUACAGCGUCCAACUGAACAUAGAGCGGUCGGACACGCUGAAAACCAACUUCUCGGUGGCAUUCUCCAUCAUUGGCAUGUUUUCCUCCCACGCAGUCAGCAAUCUGAGUAUCUUUUUCUGUGCAGAGAUCACCCCCACAGUUAUCAGGGGUGGAGGCCUUGGUCUGGUCCUGGCCAGCGCAGGGUUUGGCAUGCUGACCGCCCCCAUCAUGGAGCUGCACGACCAGAAGGGCUACUUCCUGCACCACGUCAUCUUUGCCUGCUGCACGCUCAUCUGCAUCAUCUGCAUCCUGCUGCUGCCCGAGACGCGCUACCAGCCGCUGCCCGAGACGCUGGCCGACGGCGAGAGCUACACGCGCCAGCCGCUGCUGCCCCCGCGCAAGCCCGGCGAGCAGCACAUCCCGCUGACCAAGUCGGAGAGUCGGGAGUACGCCCGUGUCGCCGACACGCCACUGCACGAGGCCGCCGCCACCCUCGUGUCCACCAUGGACUCCACAGCGUCGUCGGCCGUCGACAUCACCCUGCCCUCCCUCCACAUCGAGGAGGACGUGGCCGUCCAGGCAGCCGAGGACACUGCGCUUAACUUAACGACGAAGCCCGUGGCUGUAGAGGAGGCCGAACCGUGCGCCACAGCGCCAACCACGAGGCCUGCCGAGGCCGGCCUCACCACUGACCACCCCACUGAGGACCGUCCAGCUGAGGACGCCUCGGAGCCGGUCCAGCUCGCGUCCGUCGAGCCGGAGUUCCCUCAGGACAGCAGCACUCCCCUCCUCACAAGCUCCACCAGAGCCCCCAGAGCCAGCUCUCCCAGACACCCCGCAGCCCCCAACCUUAUUCCUGACCUCUCGACUGCCCCUCCCGACACAGAUGCCCCUGUGUCCCCCGCAAAAAUCGAACCUCCCCCUGCUGUCCCCUUAGCGGAUGCUGUGCCCAUGGCCAAAAUGGAUCCCCCCUGUCCAGAUCUAAUUGAUUCUUCCUCACCCCAGCCAAUGGCCAGUGCCCCUCUCGUCGAAGCUUCCUCCACGGCCGGCGAGAGUUCUCCUGCUCCUGUGGCCAGUGAUGACGUCCUUCUCCCUGACAUGGACGCCGAUGUUUCCUUCGUGAACGAAACCACAGCGCCCUCCGUGGUGGACACCACAUCCCAUGAUUUAAUCGAUCCCACCUCGUCCCCCGUCGUUAAUGACGACCUUGCCCCCCCUCCCUCUCCCGUUUCAGACUGUAGCACCUCUCCUUUGUUGGACUCCACGCCUCUAACUCUAGUGGACUCCCCCAUCCCCUCUUUGAUAGACAGUUUGCCCGCCACCAUUCCACCUGUCCCAUCCUCCUCUCCUCCCUUGUCUAGAGACUCUAUCUCUCCAUCCAUCAUACCUCCUAAACUGAUGGACUCUACCAUCGCGCCGGUCACUACCACUCCCUGUCACGUAGGUGCUGCUACCCCCUCUCCUCCCCUUCCCAACGUGGACUCAACCAAUCCUCUGUUAACAGACACUGUCCAAGACCUCACAGUGGACUCAGCUGCGGCCUCUCCUCCGCCCUCUCCUCCAGGGAUGCCCCCAUCCUUCAGCAUGGACUGCACCGUCUCUUCGCCCAUAGACUCUGGCCUUACAGCUGCUGAUGCCGCCACUACCAACGGAGUGGCGUCCUCAUGAUAGCCAGUUGCCCUCUCUACACAGGAGACUAGCCUUCUCUCUCCCUCCCCCCCAACCCAAGUGGUCUUGACACAGGAGGGGACUGAGAUGUCGUCACGGGACCAGGGGGGUGGGGGGAAGGGUCAUCAAAAUAGCCAGUUCUGAGCUUCCAGUGUGCAACCAAUGAGCUGCUCUCCUGACGGAGGUUCACCCGGAAAGGGACAGGAAAACGUGAGGAAGGAAGUUGGGAAUCAUCCACAGUUGGAGCAUCUCCUUCCCUCCUCCAAAAUGGAGUGACUGACACUCUGGUUACUGUGAUUGGGCUGCACUGGUGUCAGUCAGUUAAAUCCAGGUUAUUAUUGGCACAUCAAAGACCUGCUUGUUGAAAAUGAAGGAAGUCCUAAGUCCUAAGCUAUGGAAAGCUGUAUAGCAGCCAUUUGUGGUCACCAUUUGAAUAGUGCCAAGAGAACUUAACACACCGUAGUGGAUUUAAUUGGAACAAACUAAAAUGCAGAAAAAAGGUACCGGUAGUGAAGUGUACAAUAUUAUGUGAAAAAUAUUUUUUUUGUAAUUUGGUGAGCAAAAAAAAAAAAAAAGAUAGCAGCUUUCAAAAAAGUACAUGAGUAAAACCAAACAAGAAAACCAAGGUGAUAUGCAGCAGCCCAAAAAAAGGAUACUACUUUUUAAAGGGAAAGGGUUAGGGGCUUCACUGUCAUGUCAUGACAUGAAAUGGUGAAGAAAAAAAAAUCAACUCUUAUGAUGUUUGGAGGUAGCAUUGAUCUAACAUAUUUGUAGACCUCAAGUUUCAACUGCGUGUGCUGCCGUGUGUGUGUUCCAAAGCUUCACUAGAGCCACACCCAAGAAUGAAUAGUCUGCCAUGCCCAUGCAAACCUAAACAAACAGAACACCUUCCUAACACUGUUUACUCCCUCUGAAGGAGCUGAAAUGAUGGGUUUAGGUGAAGGAUAGCUGUGGAUUCCUCAUGAAGGACUGUUUCAUACAUGUUCGUAUUUUUACACUGGAACUUUCUUACAGUUUGUUGGGCCAGUGUAUGCAAUUGAAUUCUUGUGAAUGUGGUAACCUUGGUAUAAGAACCUGUGUACUGUAUGCUGUUGUGCUACCAAUGUUGAGCUUGAGUACAAAAAAAAGAAACAAAAAUGUAUUUUGCAACUUUAUCUUUUAAAUGGCCUGCCCCUAGUGCAUUACACCAAGGGACUGUUACCAUAUCUGUGUGAAUGUAAGUGGCACUUUAUCUUUCACAAAAAUUUGCAACACAGCAUGUAACCGUGAAAAGAAAAUGUGAAAUUUUCCCUCACAGCAAAGACGUGACCGAAGUGAACAUUAUUUUCAAAGACUCAAAGAAGUUUGUAUUUAGCAUCUGUCAGUAUAUGUGUCACAUUUUGAAAAUAUGAUUGCCAGAUAUUGAUUUCUGUUUAUAUACUAUAGCAUAUAUAAACCACAUAUGUAAGUAUGUCUCAUAUAUGACAUAAUAUAUGUACAUAAAGAUGUACUUGAAGCAGCAAUAAUUGGUGUGUUUACAAAAUGUGACAUACAUACUGACAUAUAUUUAAGUACAAUCCAACCUCUGUUUUAAUAUAUUAAUAUCUAUUAAUAUAAAGUACUGAAAACUGAAAAGAGGGCUGGUGUACUUGUGAUUUCCUGAUUUUGAUACGUUAGAGAAAAAAAACAAUUAUGAAUGUGCUUAUUUUUGAAAAUCAAAUUCUGGUGGCCAUGUACCAAAAUCUGUGAUUUGUUGGUGAUGUCUGCUGAUCUGCUUUGCCAGAGGGCAGAUUGCAGAGCAUUGUGCCAUAGUCACAGUUUACAGUAGUCCGUUCAUGUGAGCAGAAGAGAUGUUACAUUGCAACGCAAUGUGACCGAACUCAGUGUUGUCAUAAUCAUUUCAGUGCUUAGUCCACUCUCUGACCAUUUAGUGAUCGCCAUGGAAUAGCCACGGGGAAAUGACUACAUAUUUUGUAAUACUGAGAGAUUCAGUAUGUGGUAACUGUGUAAUCAUGUAAUGCUAACAGUUAGGUAUUGCAGUGACCGAUGUAGCUUGGUGUUUUAUCACUUCAGUUUGUGUUAUUCAGUGAGCAAUGUCAGCUAGUUUUGGCACAAGCCAAUGACAACUCUGAGUUAGAAUAGAUGUAUUGUUAAAAGACAGAAUGGCUAUUUUUUAUGCAACUGACAAACUUGCCGACAAGGGCCAAAGCCACACCAGUUGGUCAACUAUUACCAGUACACUUCUCAAGUGAAGUGCAGUGCAUUUACCUUAUUGUGAGAACUAUACAAUAAUAAAAUGACGAGCAUCACAUUGAAGAAGCCAUGAUUUCAAGACAAACAGCGAGAGCCCUGAGGAGAUAGUCCAGACGUCUCUAGCUUUAGCAUCAGGCAGUUUGAGCCAUCGCCUGGCCCACCAUCAGUCUAGUGGCUGUGGACUUAUAGUAGAUACCUGGAAGAGCUGGCUAUUGACUCAGGUUGCAUAGCAGCCUGUGAUGAAAAAAGUGCCCUUUGAUUACCAAGCACUCUCUUCAUUGGAUGGGUGGUGGUGUUGUUGUUUUUUUUUUGUAAAUAUUCCCCUCCGUGUAGCAGAACCAUCUGUCUAGAAUGUGCCCUCUCACUGCAGCAAUACAUGUUUUUUUUUAUCAUGACAAAAUUAUGUAAAGCUUACGAAGCACAUCAUUUCUUAUUACUAGGGGGGAAUAGUGCCAGUCCCAGACCAGGCCUGAAAGUCCUGUACUAUCUCUGUAUCCUAGACAGCACUACAUAGUGAAAAGGUGCUAGUACGCAGUCCCUGGGCUACUUAAAUAAUCGCCAUUGGAGACUGCCGCAAGGUUACCAGCCAUAUCAGCAAAACCACUUGAACCUGUUCAUCCAGGAGAGAGGUAGUAGAGCCGCGAAUGAUCAGAUGAAUGUGUUGGAGAUGUGGAUGAGCUUCCUUCAAGCCUACGGCAUAGUUGUCACUCAUUGCCAGUGCAAUAUGGCAUGACAUGCUCAUAAUAACCAAAAUGUAACCAAACUAACCAAGGCUCAUACACACCUUAUGAUCACACCUUUAAAACAGAGGGUUAUUUGCUUAGUGCCCCAUACAGUAGGUGCAACCAUCGUACCUGUUGUACAAAUGAGUUGGACGGCCCAUACAAAAGAACACACUCCAAGAAUGUACCUCAAGCUGAGGAGCUCCACAGAAUGACCACUCCAGGUACACCCUGACCCCGCGAGGGAAUGAGAGCACAGAGUGUGAGUGAAGUGAAUGUAAACCACUGAUGGCUCAUGUUUCAAUGCCCUUGUAUGUUUUUUUUGUUGUUUUUUUUUAACACAGAUAAUGCACUUGUACAUAAGCCAUACAUGCUGUUGUAAUAAACUUCACUAUUUAUUGAUUACCUACAAAUGUGGCUGUUGUGAAUGGCUGGUGUAAUUUUUUCACGUCAGUUGGGACUUUCCACUAAAAUGCUUUAAUUACAGAACUCUUCAAUAGUUAAUGAUGUAUUUCACAAAGUUGAAAGAGAUUAAUGUGAACCCAAAGGCUAGCAAAUGGCCCUUGUCUCGAUGUGUAACUGUAACUAUAGUCAACCAUCUGAUGACACCAUGGACCCUACUUUAAAUGACGGGCAAACUGUAAAGUCAGGUGUCUUUUGCAUGAACCAAAGCUGUCAUGUGCGGGAGCACUGAGCAAUGUUUGCGCUUAUGAUCUUGCUCAUGGAAUUAAAUUAGGGGAUGGAUUUUGCCUUGUUAUUAAAUUAGCUUUCACCUCACCA